GUUUACCUUCGACUAUCCCGCAUACAUCGUCGCAAUUCCAAUUGGCAAACGUCGAUUUUUGCGACAGAUUACUUCGAAUAAAUCUAGUUUUUGUGUUGUUUUUAUGUACCUGGUGCUUAUAUUGCUUUGGAAUACAUUUGUAUUUUACUCAAGUGUGACCCGAAGAAUAUUGUCCCAUAAAAGUUGUGUAAAGGUACAGAGCAAAACUUUGAAAACAGUGAAAAGUUGCAUGUAAAUAUUUUUUUUAUGAACAAUCGUCCUGUUCGUCCUGAAGUUACAUGGUUCUAAAGAUAAUCGGAAAUAAUGGAUAACUUAGACGACUCGGAGAACAAUGCGAAGAUUUCGGAUUCGGCCUACUCCAACAGCUGUAGCAACAGUCAAUCUAGGAGGAGCCACAGCUCGAAGUCCACGCAUUCGGGGAGCAACUCGAGCGGGAGCAGCGGUUAUGGCGGCAAGCCGUCCACGUCUAGCAGCAGUAAUAACUUGAGUCAGCCUUCAAAGAAGGAGAAAGAUUCGAAAAAGAAGAAGCAAAUACAGACGGAGAUAGUAACACCCGAGGUGCCGGAGCAGACAGACGUCAGGCCAGCGGAGCCAGUGCCGGUAUGCGCCGUGCCCAAAGAAGAAAUCAAAGAUGUUGUACUUACGCCCGCGCCUACACAUGCCAAGUCCGACAAUGCCGCGGAGAGUAUGGACAUCUCCGCGCCCCCCAGCAUUGUCAAAGAGGAGGUGGCAUCAACUGUUUCCCCGCCUUGUCAUGUUACCACCAACUUUGUGACCAGUCGGCCGACUUCCUCCUACUCCACGACGGGGUUCUCAUGCGUGAUCUCGAUGCACGACGGCAUCGUGAUGUACACCACGUCGUCGCUCACCACCACGCUGGGCUUCCCGAAGGACAUGUGGAUCGGCAGAUCGUUCAUCGACUUCGUUCAUCCACGGGACCGGAACACUUUCGCGUCGCAAAUCACGAGCGGUCUCGCUGUGCCGAAAAUUGUAAAUGGUACGCAAGAAAAAGGUCAAUCACCAGGCAACCCCGCGUCUACCAUGGUAUGCCGCAUCCGCCGCUACCGAGGACUCACCACGGGCUUUGGCGUGAAAGACCGAGUGGUUACCUUCAUGCCGUUCCUCCUGAAAUUCACCUUCAAAAAUGUAUCCGAUGAGGAGGGCAAAGUUAUAUAUUUGGUUAUUCAGGCCACGCCAUUUUUCUCCGCUUUUAGGAUACCAAGUGAAGUAGUAUCAAAAGCUGUACCGUUCGUGAUGCGGCACGCUGCGAACGGGAAUUUGGAGUACAUUGACCCCGAGUCCGUGCCGUACCUGGGCUACCUCCCCCAGGACGUGACGGACAAAGACGCUCUGCAGCUGUAUCACCCUGAAGACCUGGACUAUCUACAACAGGUCUACGAGACUAUCGUGAAGGAAGGGGGAGUGCCGAGGACGAAGGCUUAUCGCAUGAUGGCACAAAACGGAGACUAUUUGAAACUGGAGACGGAGUGGUCCUCGUUCAUAAAUCCGUGGUCGAAACGGCUCGAGUUUGUCAUCGGAAAACAUCAUAUUAUUGAGGGGCCGUCUAAUCCCGACGUGUUCCAAUCCCCGGACCCCGAGAAGGCCGUUGCCAUGAGUGAAGAGGAGAAAGCCAAGGCGCAGAAGUACAGAGAGAACAUCAUCAGGACUAUGAAUGAAGUACUAACUAAACCCGCUGAGGUAGCCAAACAGCAGAUGACCAAGCGAUGCCAAGACCUGGCCUCGUUCAUGGAGAGUCUCAUGGAGGAGCAGCAGCCGAAGGUCGACGAAGAGUUGCGCCUCGAUAUACAGGACCCCGACCAUAGUUACUAUGUGAGUCAUAUAUAUGAGCGCGACUCCGUGAUGCUGGGCGGGAUAUCCCCGCACCACGACUACAACGACAGUAAGUCUAGCACCGGCACGCCGCUCAGCUACAACCAGCUCAACUACAACGAGACGCUGCAGAGGUACUUCGAUAGUCACAUACCGUACUCUUGCGAGGACUACAACGUCGGUACACGGGAGACACUUCCGCAGCCGAUGGAACCAGAACCGGUCGCCAGCAACUGCCUAUCUCCCCUGGUCCAAAACUCUGGUGACUCCAUCGAGCACACCAGCUCGUGUGGUUCUAGCGCUGUCAACAUCGGCAGUCCCCUGGUCACCCUCGGGGACUAUCAGCCGCCGCGACUCACCGAGUCCUUACUCACCAAGCAUAAUGCGGAAAUGGAGAAGGAAUUGAUGAAGAUACAACGCGAGAACAGGACGAGUAGCAAGGGGGAAAGAGAGAAGACGACCAACGAGACUCGGCAGAAAAAGAAGGAACAUCUUGCGCGCUGCAACGCCACCUUCCAGCCGACCAUCAGCGAGGUCGCGCCGCCUACAGAGCACGUUUAUAAAAAGCCUCACGGCGUGAAGCGUGCGUCGAAGCCGGUAGAGUCGGAAGCCGGCGCCCACAAGCACCACUGUUCUUCACAAAGAGCAAGUCGCAGGAAGCCGUCCACCAGCACAAUGCCUGUGACCGCCGCGGCAGUUAGCACCACCAUCAGGGAGCCAACACCUUCCGCACAGUGGACAAGUAGUCCUGUGAACAACAUGAACACGUUCAUACUAGGCGUUGGUAUUCCUCAGCAGAUGUCUAUCGUCAGCCCGGUGCCUGCCAUGCCUGGCAUGUUCCAAAUGUACUACACGCCGGCUACUAGCGCGGCGAUACCGACGACAGCAGAAGGUAACAGUCAACAGGAAACGGCCGUGCCGACUCCUCAGUUCCAGCAGCCGGCGAUGCCUUGCAUGAUGUACGGCCAGCCGAUGUAUGGUCCGCCGAUAGUAUACUCGCCGAUAACCCCGCAAGUGUCGUAUCCAGUGCAACAUUCAGUGUUGGGGCAAAGCAUGCAGUACACAAGCACGCUGAACCCACUGUGUUUGACCAACAGCAACUACGAAGAGGCGUGUAGAGUAACGUUUCCGCCGAUGUCUAGUGGCGUCCGACGAACCAAGAAACGACUGGAGACAAAACCUACCAAAAAUGACCACGGCAGUGCAGAAAGUAGUAGUUGUUCCACCAAUGCACUUAAACGGGAUUCGAGUGCGUCUCAGGGUAGUCCAAAAGGGAACAAAUCUACGGUGUACUCCUCUGACAUCAGAUCAGCGUCGAACAGUUUGAGUCCCAAGAGUACAGAGGCCGUGCCAGACUCCACGCCGCCGAGGAACCCCAAGGUCAAUACUGCGAGAGCUGGAAACAGCGAAGAGACAGUCGACAGGACCGACGGGGAGUCCAGUUACUCGUCCUUUUACUCGUCAUUCUUCAAGACGGAAUCUGGCAGCGCGGAGGAAAGCGGCGAUGCUAAGAAAUUCGCCCUCGGAAACAUGGGAAAGACUAGCGAAAUGACCAAAUACGACCCACAAGUGAAGGUCGCGAGGAGGAAGAUGGAGCCCCCGUGGAUGGAACAGGUCUGCGUGACGUCAGAGCUCAUAUACAAAUACCAAAUAACGACGAAGCCCAUGGAGGACAUACUCAAAUCGGACAAGCAGAAAAUUUGUGAACUGUCACAGCCCUCGCUGGUGAACGAGCAGCUGGGCCAGCUGUAUCUGGACCUACAGCUGGAGGGUGUCGCUGCCCGACUAACCCUGGAGGAGGGCAUCACCAGCUCGAGCAGCUCCGGGGAGGAAGCCUCCACUUCCAGCAAGAUCAAGCACACCCGAAGGAAGCGCAAAUACAGUAAACUAGUGAUGAUUUACGAAGAGAACGCUCCGAUACCUCCACCCGGUGAUGACGCGGUGUCAGUGUCAAGCCGCUCGAUGACGUAAGAUUAGUGCAGUAACUCGGUACAAUGAAUGGUGAACAUGCGGACAAUGGAUUUAAGACAUUAAUCGCAUUUGUGUUAAGUGGCUUUUAGGUUAAUCCGCGUUUGCAUCUCGAAUUCGAUGGAAGACUGAUCCGUCGUAAACUGCAGUUUUGCUUUUACCAACAGUUGUUAUAAAAGGUUAUUUGCCAUUUAGAGUGCUCACUUGCAUUAGUUUUGAUCGUUGUCACUAUUUCAGUCAACCAUUAUGUUUAGUUUAUAUGCUCGGUGAUAGUGUUGUCUUGAACUAUGCAUUUAUUACUGGACACAAAUAUUGUUUCUGUAUUUUAGGUGUAAGACAGCACGACAUUAAGAUAUCGCACGUUUUUUGACGCAUGCGCGAUUAAUUGGAGUUCGAUUCAUACGUUGUCAUUCUACGCGGAUGUAGCGUAUGAAUUCCGCACGGAUAUAUUCCGCUGUGCGUUAUUUUUGACGCGCGAUAAUUCCAUUUUUUUUUUAAUAGUAACGCGACUGACCAUUUUAUAAUGAGGCACAAUAUAAUUAAUUGUGACCGUUGGUACAUACGUACGCACCAACAUGUUUUGUUGUUGGUGUUGUAUGUAGACGAACUGUUCAUUAUUGCCGUAUGUAUUUUGAUAGUCGCUGCCUAUCCCUUAAAGGCGUUUCCGCAUAGUGAUUCGAUAUACUUGAUACAUCAGUUUUAGAUAUUACUAUAUCAACAUAUACACAUACAUAAUAUUAUGUAAUUAAGUGUAUUAAUUAUAAUGUAAAUAAUAUACCUCUCGAAAGUAACAGUUUAAUAUUUUUUACUAUUCAUGACUAAGACUGGAUAUUUUGAGUAAUAUGAAAAUUCUGGAGAAUAAAUGACUACUAAAAAAACCAUUAAACGUUGCUCUCUUCAGUGGAACGACGCAAUCGUUCGGAAAGCAUUUUUUUUAUAAUCUUGAAAUAUUACUGGUCAUAUAACUUGUAUGCCCGGUAAUAUUUCAAGAUUUCACUUACGACUAUUAAAAGCAUUGAUUUCAGAAUGAAGACUUUACUUUCGAUAUUGUGUUCAUAGUUUCUAUUACUGUUAAGUAUUUUAAGUUUGAGGUACCCAAAGUGGAUGUUCUAAGUUAAGCGAGCUUUGUAUAUAUUUGAUGCAUUGUGACCUAUUUAGUUUUAAUUAUAAUUUGUUAACGGCCAACAUGUUCAUUAAUAAUUCCAAAUUAUGAUGAAAUUUUAAAAUAAUACAAAACGUAAGUGGCUAUAUGUUAUUGUUAUUUUUUAUACAUUUCGCUGGCUUAAUAUGACAAGGUUUUAUGUUAAUUUGUACUUGAGUUGUUAUAUUGAGAUCUAAUAUUUUCAUGUCGGAAACAAAAUUGAAAGAACAAUAAUUAAUGCAUCCUCUUCAUUUACCUCUCGGUAUUAUGAUUUAUUGUUAUUUGCAUAUAUAUGGGUUUUUUCUACUCAAUAUCAGCUCGAAGUCUGGAAUUUGCAUCCGAUAUGGCGAUAGGCUCGCCCUAUCACAUCAUGGGACGGAACACACUGGGCGAAAAGUGGGUGUCCUGGUUGUACCUCUGCAUACCCCUUUCGGGAAGAAAUACGUGUUUGUUUUGUUUUCAAUUUGCAUAUUAAAUAUAACACAGAGACCUUGUUAGUGGGCCAGCGGUUUUCAAAAUGUUUCUAUUGUAAAUUGAAAAUGUAUUUGUUUAAAGCUGUGUGCAAUAACGGCCUAAUUUCGUCAAGAUUAUAAUGAUCUACUUUUCUAAGCAAAUGUGCGAUUAACGGGUAAUUGAAUUAAAUAAAAUUUUGCGAACUAAAAAAAUUGAGGUUCUUAGAAACUCAUUUUAUAUGUUCUUUUUGGUAUCGAGGCGUUUAUUGAUUAAAUUAAUGAUGCCUCGUUGUCUCUGAUUAAUACGCCUUGGAAAAUAGAGUGGGUUCGAUUCCCACGUCGGGAUGCAAAGCUUGUUAUGGAAUCUUAAUCCCGCACUUAUAUCACAAAAUUUAAUGUUGGCUCAGGAGAAUAUUAAGCAUUAAUUUUGGAUGUAUUUUUAGAAAGUAAACAUAAAGGUUCUCCCACACAUUUGUUAUGGUUUGAUAUAUAACGCUGUAAAAUAUAACAAUUUUACAGUGUUAUACGCUCCCCAAUAAGUAACAACGUAUGACAAAAUGAAUGAAAAGUUUAGUUUUACCCUACGGUCUUCAUACUAGGCAGGCAGUUUUAUAACACCGUAUAGAAUGUUGUAAAACAUUGUAUAACAUAUUGUACAUCUAAUAAUAUGUCGGUAUUUCGUAUACGAAAAUUAAUAAAUGUUUUAAUUUGCUAUGUUUAUAUAUAAAUUGCAACAUUGUUGUAUUGAAAUGUUUUAUAAUGGGUUAACAAUGCAUAUUUUGUUAUGAUUGCGAAAAAAUGUUUAAAAAAUCGCCGGCUUACCAAGGUCCUAUGUUCAUUUUAUCUUUAUUACAAAAAUGAGAUAAAAAACGGUCAUGUUAUAACAUUAAUUCAUAAUUCCAUUUUAAUUUUUUUCGGGAUUAUUGGGAAAUAUAUCAGGAAAGAUCUAGAAUCAUGUAUAAAAGAUAAGAUAGAACCUUGGAAUACUGAGCCAGCGGAAUGUAUUAAACAUUGUACAUCGCACGUGUGGGAGCACCUUAGUACUAACUGCCGUUUUCAAUAAACGAUCUCAUUCUGAAACUUCCAUUCGAUCCCGAUAAAUAAUUCAAAAUAUAAUUUCAAAUUUGUAUAAUAAAACCCUUUGUUCUGAUUGGUCAAUUGGUGACGGAUCGAAAAAGCGAUUGUGGACGUUCAUUGAAAUCGUUAGACAGAAGGCGUAUGUGCCGGCGCAUAUAUCUGAGCACAGCGCAGAUAUUUUUUACUGUCAAACUAUUAUCGACAUUGCCUUCAUUGACAUUGUAUUCAAAAUCAAUUGGCACAACAAAGUUAUGAAAUUUAUUCUUGUGUUAAUAGAUUUUGAACAUUAUUUCAAUUAAGACAAUGUCGAUAAUAGUUUCACUGUAAAAUUCUCUGUGCCGCGCUCCGCCAUGUGCGCAGGCUCUAAACAGUAGAUGAAGUCACCAGCUUCAAGCUAAAGAUAUAGAGUAUGUUAUAUUCAAUAUAGAUAUUAAUGAGACAUUUUUGAGUCCCUUUAGGUGCAAAAUAUCUUGUCAGUAAUAAUAAAACUAGCGCAAAGCCCGUAAAGAUCUCUACUAGACCUAGUAUUUGUUUCACAAUGAUUGAGUUACUUGUAACGAGUAUAAAGUUUGGAACGUAUGUGACAUAGACAGAGAUUAUAGACGCAGUGCAGUUGCCAUAGUUGUCGUUCCGUACAAUCAGCUACAAAAGUAGAUGAGUAAAUUUAAAAAAUAUCAAAUCGCCUUUAAACUUUUGUCUCCGUAACAAUCGUUUUCUCUUCACUAAAAUUAGCGUCUGAGUGUUUCAAAUUUCAGCUACUUUUGUGGUUGACUGUACAUCGUUUCAAAGGAAAAUAAUGUUUGCAUUAGUGGUUUAGUGUUGGAGUUGAUUUUUUAAUUAUGAUAUAUAUGUUAUCCGUUAUAAGUAAAA